UAAAAGUGUUUACCAGCGCAGCGACGGUAGGAGUAGCCAAUUGCAGCGUCGUUGAUUAAUUUAUGAUAGGGUAGUCUCCGUAGUUUUACCAGUGAUUCACUGGGUCGCAGUUUGAGGCAUAGGCCUACUGUGCUCAUAACUACUGUCAGUUCUAACAUUGGGAGCAUUGUCUCGUCCAGUUAAUCUGCCCAUUUGUCUUUGGAAUACAGUUUUGAUGCAAUGCCAAUUGGUAUUUUCCCUGGGUAUUAUUGGUUCGUAUGUUUCCGUUACAUCUCCUUUUAUUCCACCCAGUCACUGGACUAGAGCGCCUCGCAGAACGAAUCGCUUUGGAUGAACGCCGGGUUACAGGGAAUAGGCUACAGCUCAGUUGCAGUCACUUCCACGGCAACGUGAGAAGCAAAUAUUGACGCGAAAAUUGAAGAAAAGGCUGGUUCGGCCGCUGAGAAACGAACAAAUAAAUUUACAACAGAGAAUCUGGUUCAUGUUCAGGAAUAUUCGACGCGCUGGUUGUUACCAGAGUGGGUCAAAAGGAUGGGAUAUGCCAACAAAAUCUUCAAAAGAUGCACUUUCUUGCUGUGGAUUUCUUCUGUUUUGCUUCUAGUUGAGAGUAAGAGAGCGAAGCAACCCCGAUGCCCCACGUCUUGUACGUGCACCAAAGAUAAUGCCCUGUGUGAAAAUACAAGACUGAUUCCUCGCAGCUUUCCUCCCGAUGUCCUUUCAUUAUCUUUUGUGAAGUCCGAAUUCAGCGAAAUCCCUGGAAGAAGCUUCAUUCACACCCCCGCCCUGCAUCUGCUUUUGUUUACAGCCAAUUCUUUGGAUUCUAUAAAUGAAGAUGCUUUCCUUGGUCUUCCUCAUCUGGAGUAUUUGUUUAUUGAAAAUAACAAUAUCAAGUCCAUAUCACCUUACGCUUUUCGAGGUCUAAAAUCUCUGUUACACUUGAGCCUGGCCCACAAUAAUCUACAGACUCUACCCAAAGAUGUUUUUAAGGGCAUGGAAGCGUUGACGAAGGUGGAUCUUCGUGGAAACAUCUUUAACUGUGACUGCAAACUCAAGUGGCUGGUGGACUGGCUGCAUCACACAAACGCUACAGUGGAUCAGAUGUACUGCAGUAGUCCUUCUCCUUACCAAGGGAAGAAAAUCAAUGACCUCGUGCCACAGUCCUUUGACUGCAUAACAACAGAAUUUUCUUCCUAUCAGUCACUGAAAUUUGAGUCCAUAUCAGUGGAGUCCUUUUCCUUUGCUGGUGAUGAAUAUGUAGUAUUUGCCCAGCCUUUCAUUGGAAAAUGCAGCUUCCUGGAGUGGGACCACGUUGAAAUGGUCUUCCGCAAUUAUGACGACAUUGACAGCACUUCGACGGUUAUGUGCAAACCCCUCGUCAUCGACAAGCAGCUCUUCGUCAUAGUGGCGCAGCUGUUCGGGGGCUCUCACAUUUACAAGCGAGACACCUCCGCCAACAAGUUCAUCAAGAUCCAGGACAUUGACAUUCUGAAGAUCAGGAAGCCCAACGACGUGGAGACCUUCCACAUCGACGGCGAGCACUUCUUCGUCAUAGCCGACAGCUCCAAGGCGGGCUCGACGACGGUGUACAAGUGGAACGGCAACGGCUUCUACUCGCACCAGUCCCUGCACCCGUGGUACCGCGACACGGACGUGGAGUACCUGGAGAUCGGCGGCAAGCCCCACCUGAUCCUGUCCAGCAGCUCGCAGCGGCCCGUCGUCUACCAGUGGAGCAAGAGCCAGAAGCUGUUCGACCGCCGCACGGACAUCCCCGAGAUGGAGGACGUGUACGCCGUCAAGCACUUCCGGGUCAAGGCCGAGCUCUUCCUCUGCCUCACCCGCUUCAUCGGCGACUCCAAGGUGAUGCGCUGGGACGGCUCCAUGUUCGGUGAGCUGCAGACCGUGCCCUCGCGCGGCUCCAUGGUCUUCCAGCCCUUCGCCGUGGGCGACUGGCAGUACGCCGUGCUGGGCAGCGACUUCUCCUUCACGCAGGUGUACCGCUGGGACCCCAAAAAGGGCCAGUUCGUUCACUUCCAGGAGCUGAACAUUCAGGCGCCCAGGGCCUUCUCCCCCAUCUCCAUCGACAACAGACAGUUCCUGAUGGCCUCCAGCUUCAAAGGGAAAACUCAGAUAUACGAACACCUUAUCAUUGACUUGAGCCAAUAGGUUUCGACGAGGCGUUACUAAGGAAACAGCAGGGAGGAUGGGCCUGCAGACUUGUCGUUGGAUUAUAUGCAUGAUAAAGUCCACUAAUAAACCAUCCAUAUGAAUGCCUGGCUAGAAAUGUCCAUCUUAAGUCACCAUCUAGUGCUUUUGAACUACUUUAUUGUUUUCAAAUGAAAGCCAUUCAUAUUCUCUGCAAUUAUACAUAUCUUUGCAAUUGCAUCUUUUGCUGAGUGAAAAGGAAGGAAAUGUACUUUUUAAUAUAUUUAUUAACCUAUUUGGAAGAGGAAGUAAAUCUGCCAAAUAAACUGUUUACAUUUUCUGUCUUACCAGUUGUACGCAAGGUUAUUUAUAAAUUAAGCUUUUGUAAAUAUGAGGGACCAUGCCAAUAGGAGAAUUAUUUGAUAAGGCGGUUGAUACCAUUUUAAAUUCAUAUUUGUAAAGUUAAAAAACUGACAUGUUGCAAUGCAAACUUAGAUGUUGUUGCGUAGAAAAUUAUUCUUGGCAACUUGGAUUUUUAUUGUUGCUUGUUUGUAUGAACUGUAUAGUACUAAUAAAAAUUACUAAUGAAACAA